AUGACACCGUCUCCUGCAAAUCACGACAAAGAUUUGCCAACUCUUGGAGAGUUGUCAGAAAUUUCGAUUGCCGAUUAUGACGUGAGUCUUGUUUUUCUUCUGUUUUUUUUUGUUCUCCGAAUAUUUUUCAUUAAAAUCAAUAACAUUUUCAGGAAAAGAAACACGAAAUUAAACCAAAAUCGUAUUCGCUGCCAGAAAGACGAAAAACUGAAGCAACACAGAGUCGAAAAUCAAGACUUGGAACAUUCAAAAAAUCUGUAAAGCGACAAAUUUCUGGGAGUUUGAGAAGGUAAAUUUUUUUAUUAUACGAAUUUUAAUUCAAAUUCAAUAUGUUUUUUCUAGUAUUGGAGCAUAUGCUGGAAGAAUUGCAAAACCUGCAAAUGCUUAUAUUCGAUGGAAUUUAUUAUUCACAUUUCUCAUUUUCCUUUUUAUUUCUUCGGCUAUUUGGAUUCCAGUUAUCCCAGCUCUCAAUGAUUUCGCUUUAGAAAUUGUUGUAAUUAUUUCGAUAAUCUUGCAUAUUUUAUGGAUAAUUGCAAUUUUGAACGCUUUGAGAUAUACUUGGAGACUUCGACGAUUCGCGAAACACGAAAUUCGACUAGACAAUGUGAAAAAUGAGACUGGACUUUUGGUCAAACAUCUUGUUGGACUUUGUGUUUAUAAAGAGCCAUUGGAACUUCUUAUGGAUACGAUUGAUAGUAUUGUAACUCAACCAAAUGCUAGAAAUAAGAUUACGGUAUUAGUUGGAAUGGAAGGUGGAACUCCAGAUAAAGAUGAAAAGAAACGACUACUUCAUGAGAAAUAUGAUUUGAAAUUCGAAAAGUUUAUUGUAACCUUCCACCCAAGAGGCUUGCCAGGAGAUAUUCCCGGAAAAUGUUCGAAUUUCAAUUAUGCUGCUCGAACAGCUGUUAAAAUCUUGAGAGCUGACAAAAAUUACCCAUUGGAAGAAUAUGAUAACAAUGUCGAGCUUUUGGUAACCACCGGUGAUUGUGACAGUGUUUUUGGUGAUCGUUAUUUCGACGCUUUGGAAGAAGAUUACUGGAAGAUUUCUGAAAAACAGAGAACUUACACUGUCUGGCAAUCACCACUUUUCUAUUGUAUCAAUUUGGAUCAAUCACCAUUCUUUGUAAGAGUUACUGGACUUCUUCGUGCAUUCUUUAUGAUGGGUUAUUUGAUUCCAUGGAAUAUCAAUACAAUGAGCAUCUUCUCAUUGACUUUGAAACUUUUUGAGGAUGGAGAAUAUACUCACCCAGGAUACCAGGUUUGUACAAGAAUUUACUUACUUGGGAAAAAAAAGUUGUAAACAAAUAUUUGUUUUUCUACUUUUUGAUCCCUAAUUCAGUGUACAAAAUUGACAAAAAAUGUUUUUCUUUUAUAGAUGGACGAUAUUAUUGCGCUUAUCCGUUGGUCAUUGGCUGUUCGUAAGAAGUGUGUGAUCCGAGCUAUCCCAGUUGCAACAUUAUCCGGACCAACUAGUGGAAAGAAUUAUAUUGAUGAAUGGUAUGAAUGGGCUCGACAAAUUAGACGCUGGACUAUUGGAGCAGCCGAAGUUUUCCAUUAUUUCGCCAUCAAAUUCUUCCGUCUCCCAGUUUCUGUUUCAUUUUCAUUCGCUGCCAAAUUUGUGUUCUACUACGGUUUUCUUCUUUGCAUCGCUUCAGUUUACUCAAUCAUCGCUCCGAUUGUUGUGAGUUUUAGUUUUUCUCUUGAUUUCAGAGCUCUUCUUUUUCAAAAUAACAUUUUUGCAGACCCCCGCAAUGUUGAACGCUGUUGACCAUGGUGUUCACGGCUUGGUGAUUCCAAACAACAAAUGUUUCAUGAUCAUUAUGUUCAGCUUUUUGGGAUUACAAUAUAUCUGGUUUUUCAUUGUGUUUUUGGUCAAUUAUUUGUGCCAGCCGGUGAGUAGUCGACCUAAAUUGAAAGAUAAGAUCUACCCACUUCUUCUUGGGUGGUCUCGUAUUUUUCAAAAAAAUAAAAAAAUAAGUGCAGAACAUGAUCUCAAGGAAAACAAAUCUGUGGAACCGCUUAUAUGAUUUGUUAUUUUUCAGGUGUUCCCCCGACAAACAAAAGACAAAACCGGAAUAAUUCGCAACAUUUUCCAUCUUUUGAUGACCUGGCCAACCUUGGUCAUGUACUGUUGUGUUGAAUUGGUUGCAUUUAUGGAGGUAAUUUAAAUAAUAAUUAUUAUUCAUAUUCAUAUUCAAAUCCCUAAUUCUCUUAUUAUUAUUUCAGGUCACAAUCCGCGGUAAAUCCGUGUGUUCGCAUAAUGCAUCUAAAAAGGAUAACCUUGUCGCACCAACGGUCAGUAAACAACCGGAUCGAAUGGAAGUUUGA